AUUACACAACGAUUCGCAACUUUUUUUUCGCCACUUCAUUUCCAUAUAUACACAAAAGCUCCUCUCUCUCUCUCGGAACUUGCUUGCCAUUCUCUCACAAGGUUUUAGGGUUUGUGCAUGGAAACCUCUGCUUCUUCAUCAGCGACGACUGCCCAAUCAUCGACGAUUCGUAUCUGUCGCUGUAGCUUCUUCAGACGCUGCUGUCGAUGCUACUGUUGCUGCUUCUGCACCUAAUUUCGAUAGUAUCAAUACCAUCUCGACACUCCUUAGCAAUUUUUUGUUCCAAUUUUGAUCCGGAAAUUUGAGAAUUUUGGGGAUUUUUCGGUGGUCAUGGGGUUAGCGGAGGCUCAGCCGGGCCUAUCUCUAGGGUUUAGCUCGCAUCAGAGUACGAGCUCGUCGAAUUCAAUCCAAUCCAUUCCGCUGCAAUUGCUAGACCAGAAAGAAGAUAAAAUUAGGGUUGAGAAUGGGGAUGAUCGUGACGAGGACGAGAAAUUCAACCUCUUAGGGCACUCAAUCUGUCUGAAAAGGCAGCGGGAUGGGUUCACUAUGAACCCGAACCCGUCAAAGUGCUUGGCGGUGGAAUCGGCGGGGCUGGAGGCGAGGCGGGCCGUGGUUCGGUCUUGGGGGAAUCAGCCCCUUUCGGUUGCGGACCCGGAGGUCCAUGAAAUUAUGGAGAAGGAGAAGCAUCGGCAGUUCAAAGGUAUUGAAUUGGUUGCUUCUGAGAAUUUCGUGUGCAGAGCUGUGAUGGAAGCUCUGGGCAGUCACUUGACGAAUAAGUACUCGGAGGGUAUGCCCGGGGCGAGAUACUACACGGGCAAUCAGCAUAUUGAUCAGAUUGAAUUGCUUUGUCAUGAACGCGCAUUGGCAGCUUUUGGUCUUGAUCCAGAGAAAUGGGGCGUCAAUGUCCAGCCUUAUUCUUGUACCUCUGCGAAUUUCGCAGUCUACACCGGUCUUUUGCUCCCAAAUGAUAGGAUUAUGGGAUUGGAUUCGCCUUCGGGAGGGCAUAUGAGUCAUGGGUAUUAUAUUCCUGGUGGGAAGAAUGUAUCGGCUGCCUCAAUAUUCUUUGAUAGUUUCCCUUAUAAGGUGAACCCACAAACAGGGUACAUUGAUUAUGAUAAGCUUGAGGAGAGGGCGGUUGAUUAUCGACCCAAGAUACUUAUUUGCGGUGGGAGUUCAUACCCCCGGGAGUGGGAUUAUGCCAGGUUUAGGCAUGUUGCGGAUAAAUGCGGAGCUGUGUUGAUGUGUGACAUGGCUCAUAUCAGUGGUCUUGUGGCAGCUAAGGAAUGUGCAAGCCCAUUUGAUUAUUGUGAUAUUGUUACGUCAACAACGCACAAAAGUCUCCGGGGUCCUAGGGGAGGUAUUAUUUUUUACAGGAAAGGCACAAAAUUAAGGAAGCAAGGUGUACAUCAUACUAAUGAUGGUGAUAACAAUUAUGAUUUCGAGGAAAAGAUAAACUUCGCUGUUUUCCCCUCCCUACAAGGAGGUCCUCACAACAAUUAUAUUGCUGCUCUUGCCAUUGCCUUAAAACAAGUAGCCACUCCAGAGUAUAAAGCAUACAUGAACCAGGUGAAGAGAAAUGCACAAGCCUUGGCUAAUGCUUUGUUAAGAAGAAAAUGCAGAUUGGUUACUGGGGGUACUGAUAAUCACUUGCUGCUUUGGGAUCUGACUAGUCUUGGUAUAACAGGUAAGAACUUCGAAAAGGUCUGCGAGUUGUGUGACAUCACUCUCAAUAAAACUGCUAUAUUUGGUGAUAAUGGUGCUCCUUCUCGUCGGGGAGUGAGAAUUGGUACUCCUGCUAUGACUACAAGAGGUUGUGUGGAGGCCGAUUUUGAAACAAUUGCAGACUUUCUUCUAAGGGCUGCGAAGAUCACUGCUUCUGUCCAGCUGGAACGUGGAACAUAUCAUAAAGAUUUUAUCCAAGGUCUCCAGAACAACAAAGAUAUUGUUGAGCUCAGAAAUCGGGUCGAAACAUUUGCGUACCAGUUUGAAAUGCCAGGAUAUGAUUGAUGUCCAAACGCGUGACAGCUUUCAUGCAUGUGCAGCUUGUUAUCUUUGCUUCUGUGGCUUACACCUUGCUUUCGUGGUAACCUUACACGAUCCUUACUUUUUGACCGCCUGUUCUGUUUUCCGAUAAUCUCGUGUAAAUUACAGAGGAAUACCAGAAAAUAUGUUGCCGAUUUUCGUAAGUAGACCUUGUUCCCACAUCCCUGCAUGGCAAUUUCUUUGUGAUUUUUUGUAUAAAUUAUAGCAAAGCAAUUGUUAAUAAUCUGCAUCUAUGUGAAGGUGUAACUGAAAAGUAUCGAGUUUGGUCUCUUUUGUUAGCUAUUGUUCUUCGUCUAGUUGGCAAUGCCGAACCUCUAUGGGUCCGUUCAGUUUUGUUCCCGAGCAGCGUAUUACGCGAACCGGGGGCCUCUGGUUAGUGCAGCAGUUCAUGUAACAAAAGUUUGUGUGCAACAUUUUUCUCUUUUAUGUACACUACAUUUGUCCGAUCAGAGUCGACAUUCUGCUGAUUUUUUUU